UUCUUCUCUAUUCCAUAUAAGGAGACAAAUCACCCCACAUUAUAUCUUCAUUCUAUUCUAUACUCUUAAACCACUUACAAAAAAAAGAGUUUUUCUCUCUAUUUUUCUGCUUCUAACUUCCUUCUAAUCUAGGCUAAUUCUAAUCAAUUGGGGGGAAAAAAAUGGAGCAAUGCAGCCCUUUUGGGUGGGUUUACUAUAAUGAAGAAGAGGGAAUGAUGGGUGAGAUGAGACAGUACAUAUUGCAAUCAAGAAUGGAGUUAGAGGCAACAGUAAUAGCUGCUCAGGAAGAAAUUAUGAAAAAAGAGGAGGAAUUAAUUCAGAUGAAAGAUAUCUUAAUGAUGACAAUUAAGGAAAGAGAUGAAGCUCAAUCUAAAUCCCGGGAACUAAUGCUGGAAAAGCUGCUGCUCCAACAGCAAUUACAGCAGCAGCGACAGCGACAGCCACAGCAGGACAGCCUGCAGCAACAGCAGCAGCAGCAGCAGAAGUCUGCAGCAGCAGCUUCAUUGUCUAAUACUAACACAACAACUAACUGUUUUUCCACAUCGUCUUCUGAGUGUGAGGAGAGCAGCAUAAUCUCUUCUCCACAAGGAGGUGCUAACUCCCCAGCUACCAUACAACAACCAGCAUUGCCACCACAAAUAGCAGCAACAUUGGCGAGCAAUCGCCGCCCCUUACCAGAGAAAGGGAAGCUAUUAAAGGCGGUAAUGGAAGCCGGACCACUUCUACAAACACUCCUAUUAGCCGGUCCGCUUCCACAAUGGCAACAUCCACCUCCUAGACUUGACUCCAUUGAAAUUCCACCAGUAACCAUUACUACUUCUAAUUCCCCCAGGAAAAGGGGGUUAGAUAAUUUUGAUUGCUCAAUGAUUAAUUCACCUAAGUACCAAAGGGUUGUUUAAUUUUUAGUAUUGACUUUACUAGUAUUAGUAGUUAGACUAAUACAAUAUAGUGAGUUUGUCAAAGUUUGAUGUUAGUUUUUAGUAACCAAAAAAAAUCCAUCCUUUUUUUAAUUUUUAACACUAAUGAACAUGUAAAGAAAGAUUAGUGUUGAAAUUGGAUGGUAAUUACCUUACCAUCCUAUCAUUUAGUUGGGUUGGUUUAAGGGCUUAAAAUAUAGUUUGUCUUAGGAAAAAUUAGGAAAAACAUGUCUUAACUUCUCCCUUGAAAGGGAAAGAAAGGGAGAGAAAGAAAAAUGAUACAAAAUAUCAUCAAAGUCUAACAACCACCUAUUAUUGUUGUGUGGUGGUAGUGACUUUUACUCUUUUUUUUUUUUUUUUUUUUUUUUUUUUUUUUUUUUUUUUAAUUUUUUCUUAAUUUUUUUCCUAAUUAUGGUAAUGUAAUGUAAUGUAAUGUAAUUUGCUUGAUAAUCCCAUUCAAAGGAGAUUUGGGAGGGGCCCAUCUUGGAUUUAUGAACAAGAUUUGGCUUUUGGCUUUUUUUUUUCCUCUCUAAUUUUCAUUAAUUAGUGUGUAUUGUUUUUAUGUAUAUGUCAUUAUGUUAAACACAUAGUGAUGUAUAUGAUGAUUUGGGGGUUGUAAUGAAAAGAAUCAUCCAAAAAAAAAAAAGAUUUUUAUCUGAUUAUAUACUAAGGUUGUUGCUUUAUAUUUUGGCUAUUUGGUCUUUGCUUUUUUGUGCAAUGAAAUGAUGCUUUUUUAAAGUUAAAACUCAUAAUAAUGAUUCUCUUUGUAAAAAACUGAGACUGAUGACCAACAUCAAUGAUGAAUAUGCCUUCCAACAUCUUGGUGAUCCCCUUUAGCUAGCCAUGAAGCAUAACUAACAUUAUGCUUCAUGGUUGAGUGUCUGCCAUGGAAGCUGCAUCUAAUUAGACCCGA